AUGAAAAAACCGCUGAAUCGGUGCCACCGUGACAACAGUACAAGCGGCCUCUCAUCGAUCUCAUCUGUCCAUCCAUCCCAUUGGCCAUGGUAGACCGUCUUACAUGUGUGGGCAAGACCGUCGCCGCGCCCAACCUCACUCAGUCACGCAAGUGCUCCGUGCCCUCAUCCUUCCCUCCCCGACCAACCUCCACCCAGGCCUGGGAUGAAGCCGAAGCACUGGCCGAGAUCCCACAUGACGCCCACGAGGAGCUGCUGAUCCGGGGCAGACCAGCGGGGCUCCGUCCUUCCACCGCCCCGUUGCAUCCACCCGGCACUCGGGACACUGGCAGCGGUGGUGGUGGUGGUGGUGGCAGUAGGUCGCGUCGGUUCAGUCAAGCCGACAGGUUUCUGCAGCGGCUGUGUGAGCAGAGCCAACAGGAGCUCAACAGCGGCAUCUAUGCAGAGGGCGGCUACCAUCGGAGCUCUACCCAUCCUGAUGCCGCUGCAAGAGGACCACCACCAGCAGCAGCAGCAUCGGCAUCGGCGCAGAGCCAGGCGGGGGCGGCUUCACCGUUCUCGCGUCCCGCGCGGCCGAAUCGUCCACCGAUUUCACCCACAUGGCCUACCCUGCAGUCGAGUCCGUCUUACCAUGCGGCACAUGCGGUGAGCAGGGCGGCGAGGGAGAGGGGCACGCUGCCGUAUCAGCGGCCCGAUGGUGUGGCGCCCCUUCUGCCCCCUUCCUGGCGGCAGCACCCCUUUGCCGGCCUCUCGUCCUCAACCAGCAGCCAUGCGACGACCGUCAGGAGCCUUGCAAGAGAACACGAAGGCCAAGACGGUGACAAAUCUCCGCCGAAGCAGCAGCAGCAGCAGCAGCAGGAGAACGGCGAAGAAACGGAUAUGUUGACAAUUCACGUGGCGGACGACCGGCGGGGCGUGCAGAAGGAGUAUCGGUGCUCGAGGGAGCGGCUUUUGCGGCAUAUGAAGUACUUCGAGCCGUACCUGGCCUGUGGGACCGAGGUGGACUCGAGGGCAUCGGAUGUGGACAUAUCUGUCAGCUGCGAUGUGGCCAUCUUCUCGUGGCUUGUCCAUUACAUGGACACCGAUGGCGACGAAGCCGACAACCCACUGGGUGAGCGAGUAAGGUACGUGUGUCUGACUGACUGAUAUGUGAGGGUCGUUGUGUUGUGUGCAUGUGUGUGUUUCUGUCUGCACACGUGUGCAGAUGUGACGAGUGUGGUGUCGCUGCUGGUGAGUGCUGAGUUCCUGUCGAUGGAGGCGGUGGUGCAGCAGUGCCUCCGAUUUAUCAAGACACACAUCAAUCAGGUAGCCAGCUACAGGACGCAUGGGUGGAUGGGCACGGCACAGGGUGGAUUGCGUGUGUGUGUGUGUGUGUGUGCGCCAGGUGGUGAAGUUACCAUUAGACCUGGGGUGUAUCUCGAGCCGUCUGCUCGACGACCUGGCCGCCAUGGUACACACACAUCCACACACACCACACACAAGCUGAUCAAUCUGAUUUGAUCCACUCACUGCACCGAUCUCCUUUUUCCCUCCCUCCUUCCCUCCCUCCCUGCCUCCUGGCCCCCUCAGUUCACUGAUGACGAGCUAGAGCGUGUCAGGUAUGUAUGUCACAUUGCUCGCAGACCAGACGGACAUGCACUCCGUGGAGUGGAUUGCAUCCCUCUACUCCUGCCUGCCUGCUGUGGCGUCUGUCCUUUCCCUAGGGACAAGCGCGACAAGCUGGCGUCUCGCCUGUGGGCUCGCAAGGUGCAGAGCCUUCUCAACGGCACAUGGCCGUCGAUAACAGUCAUCGAGCAGGGACACCGCGGCGAGGGCACCACAGGAGAGGAGGGAGAGGCGACUGAGGAUGGUGAGGGGGUGGAGUCCCUCGAGAGCGUCGCCACCGUGGCGAGUGCCCCUUCCCUGAGGCGGUGCUCACAGUGUAUGCAGCUCUUCGCCAUGACACACAGCGACCUGCUCGUAUGUCCGCAAGCGCCGUUUCGUGUCGACUUCCGUGGGGCCCUCGUCACACGCCACAGGCCAGACACCCAGUGGGAUCUUGAAAGUAAGCCAACUGCAUGUCUGUCUGUGUAUGUGUGUGUGCAUUCAUUAUGUACGUGUUGAUGCGAUGCCAUGCGUGUGUUGUGUCCUGUCUUGUCAGGGUGGGUGGGCUGUCUGCAUUCGCGGGAGCAGCUGUCUUGGCGCGAGGUCUACUGGAUGAUAUGGGGGCAGCUCAUCUGUCUCACUUGCGAUGUACGUCUGUCUGAAUGCGGGGUGGCCACGAGCACCCAAACGCAUCAGACACGCAGCCAGAAAUGAAAUGCAUUUCUGUGCUGGUAUGGUAACUAUCUAUCGGUGGCUGGGCUGUAGGUGUGCGGCGAGGGCUUCGCUGUGUCGCGUUACAAGUGUUGCGCGUACCACCCGUCCAGCCCCCACUUCAUGUUUGGCCAGAACGACGGCAUAUACCCCUGCUGCCACACACCCGUACGUCGCACUCGACUCGCGGCACACCUCUGUAUGCAUGGAUGGCAGUUAGUUGCUCCAUCGUGGUUUGGUACCUCUGUGUGUCAUGUGUCAUGUGUCAUGUAGGCGGUGAGGUUCUCGCUGACUCGCGCGCCGCACUCAGAUGGAUGCUGCUCGCGGGUGAGAGGAGGGAGGGGGGGAAAGGGGGGAGGCUUGGCCACCCAUGUCGCUGUUGCAUGGUGUGUGUUGCACUCUAUCUGUCAGAAUCACACAGUGUCGGGCGAUGGUGGCGUGCUCGGUGUGCUGCUCGAGAAGGUCCUGCGCUACCAGGACGUUAUAUGCAUGCCGUUCGCAGACAGACAGAAAGCUGUCCCGGUAGGUAGGUGGUAGGCCGGAUGACUGACGGGAGAGAUCGGCUCCAUGUACCUGCCGUGUUUCAUCGUGUCUGUGUCUCUCCUUCCCUCUCUGGCGUGUUGUCUCUCGUGCCGUGUGUAGUCGAUGGCUGAGAUCGCUCGUGCUGAGAAGCUGACGAGCGACAUCGGCACGACGUCGACGGCCGACUCAGAUGAGGUAGGUCACACAGAUGGGGAUGCUUGUCAUGACAAGCCGUCUUGCAGUACCACAUCAUGAUGCGUACGGAUGUCACUGGAUCGAUCAUCAGGAUGAGGACGACAAGACAGACGGCUCACAGGCAGACACCACAGCCACACCCACAUCCACGUCCACAUCCCCCACCGCGCCGGCCCCUCCGUCAAUCAGCAUCAUCCGCCCCUUCCCGCCGCCCUCCUCCUUCACGCGCCCUCCCCCAUACGUCAUCGCAUCAGCAUCGGCCAGUGCGUCGUCACGGCGAGUCGAUCUCGACAGGAUGACCAGCUUCAACAUGGGCACCCACCUCCCUCUGCAGCAGAGGGGUGACAUGCCCGACUGGGAGAGAAUGAGGCAGCAGAUCGAGGCGGAGAGCCGGCCUGCUGUGGGUGGUGCUGGCGGGGACGGUAGAGAGAGGGACAGGGGGGCUGCCGGCACCCCCACCGGCGGCCGAUUUCGCACCAAGAAACGGAAAAAGAAGAAGGCCAAACAGGUGCGGUGCGCAGUGACGGACGGACAUACAAUGGCCGCUUUCCCGUGUCUACAUCUUUCACUCUGUGUGUGUGUGUCUGUGUGUGUGUGUGCAUCAGUUCGAGAGCGAGAGGGACUUCGACGCGAGCAGCAGCGUCAUGUCAGGGGGUGGCAGCUCGUCGUCCGCAUCCCUGGCAGGCCUCUCCCCCAAGCGGCAGCGGGAGCUCCAGAUAGAUUUGAUAAAGGACGAUGAUCGCACCAGGAUGAACCUCCUGCACGCCUACCUCCAGAGCAAAGUCCCCGCCAAACCCAACACCCCUCCCCCAAUCACACCGACCCCUCCGCCCCGCCCCCGCCCCAAGACGCCCUCCCCCUCAGCGAGGCCCUGCAGCGGACAGCCAAAAUGGCGGUCAUCGUCGUUCGUUAGAGACCGUCUCGGCUCUCUCCGUCCAAGUCCCACAUUGAAGGCUGGUGGUGGUGGUGGUGGCCCACAGGGGGUUUUGGAGGCGAGUAGGAUGAGCGGGGGUGGGGGCGGGGGGAGGCGGUCUGCGUCGCGGCCUGCGUCUGCGAGGCCGCGUGUGAGCGGGAGAAGAGCGUCCACGCCCUUGCCGGGCAAGUGAGGAAGGUUGUUCUACAUGCGUGUGUGUGUGUGCGCGCGAGAUGUGGUGUGGUGUAGUCUGUGCCUUUUGUCUCCUUCGAGGUCACCAUGUCAUGGUGUCGCAUGCUCACCAAGCAUGUGAGUGUGUGACAGCGUGUCGUGGUGCCGUGUGAAGGAAGAGAAGGGCAGACGCGUAGACAGGAAGGAUUGUUGCGUUCUCGCGAUUGAUGCGACGGACGGGUGGGAUCUUGACCGACCGAUGGAUGGUUGUCCCAUAUAUGUAUGUCUGUAUAGCUGUUGAUAUCCUCCAU